CCAGCUCCCGGUACCGCAGAAGUGAGGACGUGAGCGGCGCCGCGGGAUCCGUCUUCUGCCUUCCGACGGCCCGGGUUCCUGGAGUCCCGGAUCAAAGUCGAGCCCGUAACGCACCUCCGGAUUACCGUGCACCCCGAACGACCACGGCUUGCUUCCUCUCGCCCCGGCCGGCCUCCCUGAAUCUUCCAUCUCCGAGCUCUCCGGUGCCCCGAAUCCUCCUGGACCGGCGCGUCCAGAUUCCCACGGGACCGACCUGCUAGCAUCGCCGGCUCGGAGCGUCGCCUCGACCCGGAAUCGCUGGUCUCGACUGCACCCCCUCUUUGCUCCGUUUCUUGUCACCGUGCGCGAGUGCUCCUCGGAGCGCGACGAGCGGACCUUCACCCGGGUGUCCGCAGCCCAGCCGGCGCGGCUUGGCGGGGCCCGGCUCGGCUCCCAGAGCCCGCCUGGCCAUGGCCCGAGCCCGCCCGCCGCCGCCGCUGCCGCCGCCGGGGCUCCUGCCGCUGCUCCCUCCGCUGCUACUGCUGCUGCCCGCUUGCUGUCACGCGCUGGAAGAGACCCUUAUGGACACAAAAUGGGUGACAUCUGAGUUGGCGUGGACAUCUCAUCCAGAAAGUGGGUGGGAAGAGGUGAGUGGCUACGACGAGGCCAUGAACCCCAUCCGCACGUACCAGGUGUGCAACGUGCGUGAGUCAAACCAGAACAACUGGCUUCGCACGGGGUUUAUCUGGCGGCAGGAUGUGCAGCGGGUCUAUGUGGAGCUCAAGUUCACUGUUCGUGACUGCAACAGCAUCCCCAACAUCCCCGGCUCCUGCAAGGAGACCUUCAACCUCUUCUACUACGAGGCUGACAGUGACGUGGCCUCAGCCUCCUCCCCCUUCUGGAUGGAGAAUCCCUACGUGAAGGUGGACACCAUCGCCCCCGAUGAGAGCUUCUCGAGGCUCGAUUCUGGCCGUGUCAACACCAAGGUGCGCAGCUUCGGGCAGCUGUCCAAGGCCGGCUUCUACUUGGCCUUCCAGGACCAGGGUGCCUGCAUGUCGCUCAUCUCUGUGCGUGCCUUCUAUAAGAAGUGUGCAUCCACCACCGCAGGCUUCGCCCUCUUCCCCGAGACCCUCACGGGGGCUGAGCCCACCUCACUGGUCAUUGCCCCUGGCACCUGUAUCGCUAAUGCUGUAGAAGUGUCGGUGCCACUCAAGCUGUACUGCAAUGGUGAUGGGGAGUGGAUGGUGCCCGUGGGUGCCUGCACCUGUGCCUCCGGCCAUGAGCCAGCUGCCAAGGAGUCCCAGUGCCGUCCCUGUCCCCCCGGGAGCUACAAGGCAAAACAGGGAGAGGGGCCCUGUCUCCCCUGCCCCCCCAACAGCCGUACCACCUCACCGGCCGCCAGCAUCUGCACCUGCCACAAUAACUUCUACCGUGCCGAUUCGGACUCUGCAGACAGCGCCUGUACCACUGUGCCAUCUCCACCCCGGGGUGUGAUCUCCAAUGUGAAUGAGACCUCACUGAUUCUGGAGUGGAGCGAGCCCCGGGACCUGGGGGGUCGGGACGACCUCCUAUACAAUGUCAUCUGCAAGAAGUGCCAUGGGGGGCCUGGGGCCGGGGGGGCCUCCACCUGCUCACGCUGCGAUGACAACGUGGAAUUUGUGCCUCGGCAGCUGGGCCUGACAGAGCGCCGGGUCCACAUCAGCCAUCUGCUGGCCCACACACGCUACACCUUUGAGGUGCAGGCAGUCAAUGGUGUCUCGGGCAAGAGCCCUCUGCCCCCUCGCUAUGCGGCUGUGAAUAUUACCACCAACCAGGCUGCCCCGUCUGAAGUGCCUACACUCCACCUGCACAGCAGCUCAGGCAGCAGCUUGACACUGUCCUGGGCGCCCCCCGAGCGGCCCAACGGCGUCAUCCUAGACUACGAGAUGAAGUAUUUUGAGAAGAGUGAGGGCAUCGCCUCCACCGUGACCAGCCAGAAGAACUCGGUGCAGCUGGACAGGCUGCGGCCUGACGCCCGCUACGUGGUGCAGGUCCGCGCCCGCACUGUUGCUGGCUAUGGGCAGUACAGCCGCCCCGCUGAGUUUGAGACCACAAGUGAGAGAGGCUCCAGUGCCCAGCAGCUCCAGGAACAGCUUCCCCUCAUUGUGGGUUCUGCCACGGCUGGACUUGUUUUCGUGGUGGCUGUCGUGGUCAUCGCUGUUGUCUGUCUCAGGAAGCAGCGGCAUGGCUCUGAUUCAGAAUACACGGAGAAGCUGCAGCAAUACAUCGCCCCCGGAAUGAAAGUUUAUAUUGACCCGUUCACCUAUGAGGACCCUAAUGAGGCUGUGCGGGAGUUUGCCAAGGAGAUCGAUGUGUCCUGCGUCAAGAUUGAGGAAGUGAUUGGAGCUGGGGAGUUUGGGGAAGUGUGCCGGGGUCGGCUGAAGCAGCCCGGCCGCAGGGAGGUGUUCGUGGCCAUCAAGACACUGAAAGUGGGCUACACUGAGAGGCAGCGGCGGGACUUCCUAAGUGAGGCUUCCAUCAUGGGUCAGUUCGACCACCCCAACAUAAUCCGGCUGGAGGGCGUGGUCACCAAAAGUCGGCCGGUCAUGAUCCUCACAGAGUUCAUGGAGAACUGCGCCCUGGACUCUUUCCUCCGGCUCAACGAUGGACAGUUCACCGUCAUCCAGCUGGUGGGCAUGUUGCGGGGCAUUGCUGCUGGCAUGAAAUACCUGUCUGAGAUGAACUAUGUGCACCGAGACCUGGCUGCCCGCAACAUCCUUGUCAACAGCAACCUGGUCUGCAAAGUCUCGGACUUUGGCCUCUCCCGCUUCCUUGAGGACGAUCCCUCUGAUCCUACCUACACCAGCUCCCUGGUACAGGAAGCAGCUGGGAGGGAGCCUGGGGGCGGGGCCAAGCAGGCAGGGGCUCAGGGCUGGGGACUAGCCCGGAGUCACAGGGUGAAGGGCAUGUGCCCCCCCCACCAGGGUGGAAAGAUCCCCAUCCGCUGGACUGCUCCAGAGGCCAUAGCCUAUCGGAAGUUCACCUCUGCCAGUGAUGUGUGGAGCUAUGGAAUUGUCAUGUGGGAGGUCAUGAGCUAUGGAGAGCGACCCUACUGGGACAUGAGCAACCAGGAUGUCAUCAACGCUGUGGAGCAGGACUACCGACUGCCCCCGCCCAUGGACUGCCCCACGGCACUGCACCAGCUCAUGCUGGACUGCUGGGUGCGGGACCGGAACCUCAGGCCCAAGUUCUCCCAGAUUGUCAACACCCUGGACAAGCUCAUCCGCAAUGCCGCCAGCCUCAAGGUCAUUGCCAGCGCCCAGUCUGGCAUGUCACAGCCCCUCCUGGACCGCACAGUCCCAGAUUACACGACCUUCACAACAGUCGGUGACUGGCUGGACGCCAUUAAGAUGGGGCGGUACAAAGAGAGCUUUGUCAGUGCAGGGUUUGCAUCCUUUGACCUGGUGGCUCAGAUGACCGCAGAAGACCUACUCCGGAUCGGAGUCACCUUGGCUGGCCACCAGAAGAAGAUCCUCAGCAGUAUCCAGGACAUGCGGCUGCAGAUGAACCAGACUCUGCCCGUGCAGGUCUGACACCCAGCUCCCACGGGGUUGUGCUCCCCAAGGACCACACAGGGACUCUGACCAGUCAGCUGGACUAUUGGACUUUUGGAUGCCUGGCCUUAGGCUGUGGCCCAGAAGAUGAAAGUUUGGGGAGGGCCCAAGCCGGGGCUUCUCCUCCAGGCCUGUGCUCCCUCCCCAGAAGUUGUGCCCAACACCUCUUCAUAUUGAAGAUGGAUUAGGAGAGGGGUGAUGACCCCGCCUCAGGCCCCUCGGGUGCCCAGGCCUUCCUGCUCGCCAGUGGGAGACCCCCACCACCUCAGACUUGACUGUUCUUCAAUGCCGGAGGUCCUGACAGGGGCAGGUGGGAGAUAAGCCUGGGUUCCAUCGGGCCCAGCCCUGGCAGGGGUGUGGCCCCCCAGGUAGGCAGAGAGCAGUCCCUCCCUCAGGAACUGGAGGAGGGGACUCCAGGAAUGGGGAAAUGUGACACCCCCACUCCAGAGCCAACUGGCACCUCCAGUUUGCACAGGGACUUGUUCUGGGGGCUGAGGGCCCUGCCCCGCCCCCACCCUUGGUGCUGUCAUAAAAGGGCAGGCAGGGGCAGGCUGAGGAGCAGCCCUUGCCCCCCAGAGACUGACUCUCAGAGCCAGAGAUAUGAUGUGUGUGAGUGUGUUUGUGUGUGCACGCACUGGCCUGCACAGAGAGCGUGGGUGAGUGUGUAAAAGCUUGGCCCUGUACCCUGCAGUGGGGCCAGCUGGGCCGUCAGUGGAAUAAAGGCAAUAAGACGA